AUGUCCCGAUCUAAGACCAAGGGGUUUAGCAUUCUCCCAUUAAACUCUGGUAAAAAUGCUGCGAAGAAAGUCGAAAAGGUUCGAACUUUCAUCUUUGACUUACAUCGCUGCGGUGCAAUUAGUUUAUUAACAUUUUUUGCUCACCUUUGACGCAAUCUGCAUUUGCGUUUUUAAGAUAUCUAUUUUUGUUCGCUUUUACCAUUUAACGUGCUCCGUCACAGCUCUGUGUUAGCGAUAAUUCGCACCUGAACAAAAUUUGCGAGGUUUUACUUAGUCACAGGUUUCUCAUCCAUUUUCUGGUCCAUUACAAGGGUCUGGUAGCAAAAUACUCCUUUUGAGCCUGGCCAUCUAACCGUCUGCACUGACAGGUCCGUUGAGAAUUCAUAUCAAUGGACGCAGAAUCGUUUGAUUGUACCCGUACUACCUUAACUGCCACCUCCAAAAUAACUUGGAGACUUCUCCCAUGUCCCUAUAACACGACUUAUGUACUGUGGAGGUAGAAUAUUUCUGAGAUGCCGGGAACAGACACCCAGCUUUAGCUUUUCAACCGUCAUUCGGGACUUGGAACAAAACAGGAACUGAGUUCGAAAAGUUGCCUCGUUUACAUAGACUUUGACGAUGACUUCAUAGUGGCUGUGUUGGCUCUUUCGAAGACGAUUAACCAAGUCGAUUUAAACGGUAUCUUUCUCCCUUGUCCAUUCGAAACACGUGACCCAAAAUGGACCUGUUUCCGCUACGUUUGGGACGCUGAAGUGGAGAAGCACUUUAUCUUUGCCAGGAAUGCAACCCAGCGAAUUUUUAGAACCGGCGACAUUGCUGCCCACGCCACGGGCUUCACUUCAUCCAUACAACAUAUGACUCACUUCGACCAAAGUAUCCAGGCAAUGACGCAGUUGCAAGGGGUUGUCGAGAUAACAGCAGCACCGCUGCGAAUUUAGUUGGUUUUACUUUUGACAAAGGCCUGCGUCCGCGCCAGUUGACUCACAUCAGUUGUGAUGUCGUAGAUAAUCAUAUACUGGACCCAGCGCUGCUGCCAAGUCAGUGAGACAGACAUUUGUGAUGCACUUCGCUAAGUUUACUUAGCGCACUAACAGUUAAGUAUCCGGAUAUCGCCUGCACUUUAAAUAUUGUUUUGGAGUGUCUCAACUGAAUUUCGCCGACAUAUUAACAUGUGUUCUAAUAGUCACCCUUCUCCAGAUUCGUUGGUUCAACAAAGGGCAAUUUUCACAUAAUCAAGAGAAAAUAUUCUGAAGGAUUCUUAGCUGUGGUUUUCGUGGUUAAACGGGCAAUUGGGAUUUUUUGGCCAAUCUCUACAGACCAGAACUGCUUCUGGUUGAUGCAGCUCCUAGUUAUGUCUAGUCUAGCUAGCUUCAGUGCAGUUGUAGGUAGUGCUUCGCAUGCGCCAUGAUCAGUUACAGCGGAUCCUGCGAGCUCGUUUUGUUGUCUUCCCCGACGAUAAAUACUAAAUGCCGAAUUUCGAGAAUCGCCUGUCAAGGUAGGCACUGUUGAGCAAGAUUUUGAGCUGACCCGUUCACCGCCCCCAUUUGGCUCGUUGUGUCAGAUUGAAAUUAGCAAUAUCCCAUUCGUAGGACGUGCGACAAUGGACGUGCCCAAGUCACCUCAGACGUCUUCUGUAAAUGGCCUGAACUAUACGCGUGAUAUUGUCACAGCGAGGACUAGCUUACUCGUCUGAAAUAAAGUCGUUGUGAUUCUCAAAAAGGAACAUUCUUAUCCAUCGUUAGGCAAACACCAGUUUCUGCUUGUCUUCUACGCCCACGACCCAGCAUUCUAAACGGUUAAGGAGGGCUGGCCGAACGAAUGCACGGUACAGGGGGUUAUCUGCGACAACUGAGUUAUCUCAAGAAGUCCAUAAUGGCCUUUGAAGAUUUGCACAGCAUGCGAGCAGCAUGCAUCCAAAUGACUGUGCUCUCAUUCUGUCCGUUUAGUAAAGACUUGUCCCGAGAUUUUUGUAGUUAUCCAACUUCAGCUUACGGCCAUUAACCACGAGGGGCGUUUUUUCAUCACAGAUGUGGCCCGAGGAUACCUUUCUAUUGAUACUCUUGAUGAAUAAAUCGAGCCAUUUGACGAUUUCCACCCGAAACACUAUGUUUAAUAAGCGCCAAAUCGAAUAUUGAAUAGUUAUGAGGUUGUUAUCGACGCGGACCCAUGCAACGGUGGAUCGAUAGUGGGGGUUUGAUCAUAACAAUACUUUUUCCUCGUACCGACUAUCCGCUUUAUCGACCACGUAACUGAAUUCAGCUAAGUCAAUAAAACAGACGGAAGCCUGUCGCAAUCUAAGUCUGAUGCAACCUAAGGACACACUGCCACCCGCUGAAAUCUCAGGAGUUGUCUACAAAAUAAGUUGCAAUGAGGGCGACUGCAACUAUGUUGAGAAGACCGGGCGGAAAUUGCAGGCCCGACUACAAGAGCAUACAUCGGCCACUCGGAGGCCAGAUCCAAACUCUCAAUUAGCAACACACGUUGGAGAAACUGGACAUACUUUCGGUUUUCAGAGAGCUACCAUCUUAGGCCGGGACAACACAGAAGCAGAACGGCUAACACUCGAGGCUUGGUACUGCGAUGCCAACUUUAUCAACAGACAUCUGGACCUUCCUGCAGCCUACAAAGUCCUACGUUAUCACGCCCGUAGAACUCAGCACCGAGUAAGCACACUUGCCUUGAGAAGGCCAUAUGUAGACAGGCCGACGGCGAGUCCACUCGGCGAGGAAGAACCACCGGACUGACCAUCCGACGAAGGUUCAAUCAGCUCCCCCGACGAAGCGGUGACUCACAAAGCACACAGAUAAAACGCCCGCCAACCAUCCCCCGAGAGGCCGAGGCAGCUGGAGAAGAUGAAAAUUGACCAGCAUGAGGCCGACCAACACGACAUGCCACUUGAGAUUUCUGGUCGAUCAAGUGCAUUUUACGCUUUAAUGAUGGGGAGCCGACCAAGCUGUUCGAAACGUCAGCGCCCAAAUAAGCCCGUUCCGGUGAGCCUAUCUUUUCAGACGGAAGUCAGUUGCUGGUAGCCACGACGGAUUUCACGAAUGCUCCACAGUGCAGGUUUGGUCGAUGCAUCGACAUCCAGCUUGGAAUCCGGUUUGGUUGUGUCCUCGUAUUGCGCAUACUUUGAAACUGCUUGGAGUUGACGGUAAAAGUCGUUUCAGAAAUACCGAGCCUUAGUCACCUGUAACGACUUUGUCUCAUAUUUGCUCACUUACAUGGUGGAGCUGGGAAGCCAUAAUCUACGGAAACUUCGGCCGUAGUACCGGUCUCACCAUACGCCUCGCUUUUGUCCAGCCCAGUAUUUCUUCUGCGCUUUUUUAGGGGGCGAACGUUCGCACAUGGGCCGAAAAAAGACAUAAUCUUGCUCCUGAGGGUAGAGUGAGGGGUGGUUGUUAUUGCGGUUGGGAAGACGUUCAAAGUGCUCGUGCGAGUGCUCGACUUUGACCGAGGUGUUAGCAGCGAAAUCGCCGUUUACGUGACAGUGAGUCUCAGUGCAGGGGACCCACCACUGACUUGGCAGAUGUCAUCGACGUUUGGAGUCUGGUCCAUGGGUGUGGUUAUUUCCAUUAGCCAGAAGUUGACAGCUUUCUGACAGCAACGCAUGCGGGGUUUGUGUAACGGCCUACUGCGUUUGCGUCGACUGUUUGAAAUAACUAACGAUAAACUUCCUUUUCGUUAUCCGAGUGUCUGCCACCGAUCUGGAUCUCAGACCUGAUGCCAUUCUGGCUUGUUUAUGUACGUAUAUUCCACUCUAACCGUCUGUGUUUGGCGCAAAUUAACAGAGAGGAUUGAAGAAAAUCUAGUCAAGAUUAAAGAUAUUCGAUGCUUUUAUUUGAAGUCGUCCGUUCAGUAAGCUUGUACAAUCGAUUCUGAACUCCUAAUAAGUCGGAAAUGAAUCAUAAAAGAGUAGGUCUUUGCAGCGCCUAGCAGUUAAGUGGGGAAUAGAGCAGAGACCGCUCGUGUUGAAGCCAGACUUCGCUGUCUCGUCCUAAAGACUGGCCAGCGGACCGUUUGGUGCCUGAAAGGUGUCAUUGCGAGCUGUUACCUACAAGGGGAUAGAAUCCGACCCGCAAUACACAUCUCUUCUACUAAUCUUGGAAAAUGCACCAACUAAACACCAAAAUUCUCUUCCGGAGGAAGAGGAAGUCGAAGGUUUUUCGACGCCACUGCCGGUGGGUAUUGGAAAAUUUGCACUUAAAAGACUGGUAGACCGACUUCGAAGGCUAGCAGUCUGCAAGUCAAGACCAAGUCCGACCGGCACAGGCGUAAUUAUCUGUUUUCCUCAGGUUCUCAGGUCUGUUUUAAAUGGACACCUAGUGAUAAGGGGACUGCAAAUAGAAUCAUUGCACAACGCAAGUGUACUCUGUAGUCAGCGUGGUAGUCUGUUCUAGUCCUUCCGUAACUUAAUAGCAGCUCUAAUAAAAGUAGUAGGCGAGCAUUCAUUUUUGAUGUGAAAUGGUUCAAGCUAAUCACUGGAAGCACUUCUCUGGUUUCUUUUGUCAGAAGCCUCUUGAGGUCAGCACAAAAUCUAAAGACGCAAGUCAUGUCGUUCGGUCAGGUCAAUUUCGGUGAAUUUCGAAGGGUUAAGUCGGAACCCUGAGCGGUUCUAAGGAAAAGUCAAACCAAUCGAGUCGAAGGGGUGAUCUGAAAGGAGAGACCUGCAAACCGCACCCGUAUUCCCUUUCACGUAAACCAGGGACACGGCCUACCGAUACUGAAAAGCGUCGGAGAUAGUUCGCCAUUGUCUAGUGUCAAUUUAAACGAAUACGUACUAAGUGGCAAACCAAAAUAGACCACAAUUUGCCGUUGAACGCAGUAGAUUUCAGUAGACCAGUGUCUGCUUGCAGUAAACCUUGGGCCUUGCUAGUCAUUCAUGUAUAACUUCAUUGCUUACCAACACUUUCUGAACCUUUUAAAAUGUUCUCAAAAGUUGGUGGAGAUAUUAUGGUUUUUCAUGCUUUAGGAUGAAGAGGCCAAAACAGCCGAAGUUCUCCAAGCCUUCGUAGAAACCUUCGAACAGCCAAGCAAGGUGGACCGGACGUGGGUCAAAGGUGGUGUAGUCAACCCGGGAAGUGAAGGUACUUUAUGCUUAUUUAUCAAAUAGCCCUUUUCAGAAGCUAAAAUCGACAGUUCCGGUCCCGUAUUAUAUAAGCCAACUCAGAAGUUUGGUGAUAAGACCCCCAGGACUUUGGAGACAGGCGUGGUCGAACCCAAAACUGAGGGUGGGAAGAAACCUGUAAGCGUCUCUGCCUUUUUUACUUUACCCGAAACAGGUUUUGGGGAAGAAGCCCGGUCAAGUUAAGAAGAAAUCGAAUCUUGAGCUUUUCAAGGAAGAACUCAAAGUGUAAGCUGUCUGAGCUGACCUAAUUGCUCUUUGACUAGGAUUCAGGAACAACGCCAACAGCGCCAUCAGAGUCGUGCGUCCGCAAAUGCAGCUAAUGCCUCCCGCGACCUUCCGGGUUCUCGGAGUCGCCCUUCAGAUUCCCACCUAUCUGACUAUGAUUUUGAAGAUUCUAUGAUAGACCAGUCCUUGGGCUUUGGCAGAAGAGGGAUCUCCGAUAGAAUGCGAGAUCGUAUGUUUUCCUUAUCGGAAAUGCUAAUUCUUGAUCGUAGUUGAUUAUCCUUACGACUAUGACGUCGACAGGACAACGACAAAUCUUUUUCUAGGAAACCUCUGUCCUCAGGUAUGUUUCCCCAAUUCACCUGCCCUCAUUGUUUCAUUUUCCACCAGAUGACAGAACAACAGCUAUGCGAAGUAUUCGGCCGAUACGGUCCACUGGCCAGUGUAAAAAUUAUGUGGCCUAGAACAGAAGAACAGCGUGCCGUUGCCCGUAACUGUGGGUUUGUAGCUUUUAUGAACCGAGUUGACAGUGAACGGGCUAUGGAACGUCUUCGAGGUGAGUUUCCGGUGUAUGUUACAUAGCUUUCGUGUAUCACUCCGUUUCUUAACUCUACUCAUUAGGUUUGAGGACUAGUUCAAGCUUAGUAUGCCCCAGGAGACCAGCCAUCUGUUUUGUCCCCGGGUUUUUCUCAUUAAUUCACCCAGAUCACCCAAAUUUUUGCCAAAUCAGCACUUAUCUAGCUAGUCGUACCGCAACCCUUUAUAACCUCAAUUAAGAACAUAACACAAAACUCGGCGACACAGAGCAUGGACAUAUCUUAAAUUUAUAUCCUUUUUAACUAUCCCAAAGCCGUUGUCCUUUCUCUCCACAAUCUAAAUUCAUCAUUUUUUGAGCUCACCUGUGUUACGGAUUGUCGUGCGUACGCCUCCAAGCCUGAAAUUGUGUAAACUACCCGGUUUACCGAACGUCUAUCCUUCCUUAUUUUUGGUGCCUUGUGAAUGUUUGUAAUUCCUGCCUUAUCGUACUACCAUUUCCUUACCCCAUUAAUGUCUCUUUCUGCUAACCUGUUUAUACGUGCACCUAGGGAAAGAACUGUUAGGCUAUGAAAUGAAAUUGGGAUGGGGUAAAAACGUACCAAUCCCAGCUUAUCCUGUGUAUAUUCCUCCUCCUCUCCUGGAACUAAUCAAACCUCCUUCGCAGAGUGGACUGCCUUUCAACGCCCAACCCAGAGAGUGGCUGAAAUCCGUCCGAUCUGCAUUGAAAGAACGUGCAAAACUUGUUACCGAAUCGGUUACCGAAGGCAACUCAAACUCAUCGGUUCCCCCAAUUCCUCCGGCUGUUGACCGAACCCCAUUCAACAUUCAUACUAUGUCUAAGGAAGCCUUAGAUAAGGUAGGCUUUUAUAAUUCAAGAAGGAAAUUAAGACAUUUUCGGCUCAGCCGUGUUUUUUUUUUGCCAAUUUCAUAAUGACAUUUUUUAGGUAGCUUGGCUUUCAGGAUCCUCCCCGUUUCCUUUUUCCUGUUUGACUCACAUCCAGCUGCAAAAAGAAUCCGGAUCGUCAAGUGAUUAUUCUUCGAAAAAGUUACCAAAACUUGUCCCCGUCUCUAAACAGACUUUAACAGUGCUCGAGUACUCUGGAAAUACACCAGCGCCUCUUUUGCUAGUUGUUGUCAGUGAGACUUUCGUCCGAGAACACCUUAGUCAACCUUCUCGUCUUACCGACAUUCGUAUAUUAAUUGCAUUUUCCCCUCCCUAUGGCUUGUCCAUGUAAAGAAUGAUGACCACCACUGUACGGUAUUGGCGUGUGCGUUUCAUGGGCUCUACUGUACUCGAGUUCCUGUGCUCACAUAUGCUACUGAAGUUGCUCUGCUUGAUUUAAGACUACCAUCACUGAACGAAGACUAAAGUCCCUGGUAGUUAUGAGGAGAGCGACUCCUGGUGUCUCACUCCUGCUUCCUAUCAGGGCUAUGCACUCACCAACUCUGUUCGCUGAUAGUGGGCUUGAGUCCUCAGCACGCGUUGGCGACUGCCCUGGUGUUACAUCACGUCGGCUUUGUGUAUUCCGGCUGUUGGCUGCUGGCGAGUUCCUUUGCUUGAAUUCCGCCCGCCUUUGCCGACUUAAGUGCCAAGAGAUCCGAGUUGAGUCUGAAGAAGAACUCCAAGACGGAAAUAGGGAUUUCAGUUUUCGCUGUUGGAGAUAUGAACCCAGCCACGGUAUACGAUGAAACUCCUAGGCUAGUGGGCAAUGCCUGCUGCUACUAAUCGAACUCCCUGCCAAAGGGACACUUUAAAGAUGGGACCGACCAUUACAUCCGUUUUAAGUACUGCCUUCAUAUACUUGAUCUUGUAAAUCAGUCCGAAUACCAAUCUGCGCAUAUACGAGCCUUUUGUCAAGGCAAUAUCCUAUGAGGAUGGGAAAUAACCCUUGAGCCUCAAAAGUCAUCCAUCUCGGAGGAAUACUUGGCCGGCGGUUCUUGCCCACCACUAUUGCAAUUGGCACAAUAAGUUACGCCGCAAGCGACAGCUAUACUACCGGUCAAGGAUACCGUUCAAAUGUACUCCCUGCCAGCCAACUCAGAGUGCUCGGUCGUGUGUUGUUUCGAUCUGAAGAGAAAAUCUUUGGUGUCACUUGACUCGAGCCCGGUCCUCGUUGGCGAUGACAUCGAGUUGGACGUUAGUUGGCAGGCUGCAAUGCGGCCUAAAAGCAUCCGUCGUCCCCGUGAUCUGCAUGACUGAUUUGCCAACUGGCUCAACUUCGCUCAGGGGUUAGGCGCUGGCCGACCACUGUGGGAGGGGACAGUUUGCGGUGCACCCAACCUGAAGAAUAGGGUCGGAUAAAUAAGUAACGAUGAAUGUCGUCACCAGUAACAGUAAGCUAAAACAAGCUCAUAAAGUGGAGUAGCACAGCCCUUUGACUCAUCGAAACCAGGCUCUUCUUUUAAGCUGAUGAUGCCAUUUUUUACAAUUGCUGACUCGACGUACACAACUUUUUCGGGCUUAGUAGUUUUAGUCAAGCAUUUUGUUUGGUACUGAAGUGUUCAGCCCGGUCGUUUCCGAAAUAUGGUUGUUGAAUGCCAACAAAUGCUCACAGUACAUUCGUACAAACCGACAGGCUUCAUUACUAUAAUUUUUGAUUUCUUUAUCUGAAAACUAACAUGCAUGCGGUUUUUUUCUAGACGCUUUCGCAAGCCAUAGUCAAGGUCGUGGUCCCAACCGACAGGUAAUUUCGAACGAGCGCAUAUUCGACCAACGCCCUCUCACCCUCUUUUAUUUAGGUCUCUGCUUGCUGUGAUUCAUCGUAUGGUCGAAUUUGUUGUCCGUGAGGGUCCUCAGUUUGAGGCGGCUAUUAUGCAUCGAGAGGAGAAGAACCCACAGUUCAGGUACGUGCUGUCUUCUUGUCGCAAAAACAUUUUGUAGGUUUCUUUUCGACUUUCAGACACCGGAGCACCUGUACUACCGAUGGAAGCUAUGGUCUGUACUUCAUGUAAGAAGAAUUGACUGCUGGCUUGUUUUGUCCUGCGUUUACGUGCAUAAUGUUCUUUGCACUAGUACUUCCCAACUUCUUCCUACGCCACUUAUCCAGACAUGCUUUUUUCUCAAACUUUCAAUAUGCCCGCAUCUCCUGGCGCUAAUUCCCCUCGAACACAAGGGCGAUCAUCAUCCUGUCGUUGUGAAUGCGGUGCCCAUAGAGUUCAGUCUGGCCAUUAAGUGGGCUUUCUGAGUGGGGACGUAUCAGAAUAUGUUGUCGGUGUUACAUUAUAUUCGUCUUCCUUCUACAUCCAAUAUUCUUCAGCUUUAACAGUUGCUAACCCCACUAUCAUGGCAGACUGCCAACCCAGCCACUCCGGCGCGAAUGUCCGCCAGGAUGUGUAGCAAACUCUGAUAUAUCUUCGAAGAUUGCAGCGUACUCCCUGGGCAUUAUAUUUGUAAUGACUCACUGUACAGCACAACUGAGAGGCCAGACACGUGUUUUGCUGAUUGCCUGUCGCAGCAUGACAGCUGCAAAGGGUUCGGCUCAUCCGUGGGUCCCCCUGCGUUCUCCGUGUAUCUUCGAGUGGAUACUCCAGUUGUGGAAUUUCAACAGUUUGUUUCUACGUCGAUUUUUUUCUGUACGAUCGUAUUGAAAGGCAUUGGUCGAACACCCGCACAACGUGGCCACUCCAACAGCGUGCAGUUUGUGACUGUCAGUAUUUUGCUGCACACGUGAACCACUUCUGCACUCCAAAAUCUGUUUGACUUGCACUGACGGCGGGUUGUACAACAUGCCACCUAUGCGUUUAUUGAAGUCUAUUUCGGGUUGUUUCAUAAGAUUGGGCUCAAUAAACACUAGGAAGGACUUAAGGUUAAAUAGGGCUGGAUGAUACUCAAAACCUUGUGUCGCUCUGAUAGUCACAUUGGAAACGUCCGAAUAUCUUUAUAUGGUGGCGGGGACCCUACGUCGUUUUAACGGCCUUUGUUCAAUCGGAAUUGUCGCUCCGGCGCCGCUCGUGUUCUGCCUUUACUAAGAGAGAAUUCAACAGGACACACACGACUUUACAGCCCUGUUCGUCAGUAAGCUUCAAUGCCUGUGGACUUAUGUUGGUCGAGGGCGAGCAAGCUGCGUUCGCAUUCACGGCACUUACACGCUUCUGUGAGUUUGCGUGUGGUACGGAGACUUUAUUCUCAUGCCGUCCCUAGUGUAAUCCUCCCAGUCGGUUUGAUUCGAACAAAACAGUUGGACACGGUAUUGGGGGGGGGGAUUGAGGUCGAUCUAGCCAUAGAGCUAAAUGUACUUUUUAAACCAUCACGACGCGCUGUAAAUCAUGAGCUGGAAGGUUUAUAACAGGUUAGACGGCACGGUUUCACUCAGAACUGGAGGUCAAGCAACAAUGACCCCUUUGUGAGAUCUUAAAUGACAUUCACGCCUAUGUGAGAUCUCAAAUGGCGUUCUCGCCUGUGAGAUAUGGAACCCUUUCACUGAGAAGUAGCUCGCGUAGAGUUGAAAACGUACACCUUUUAGCUUUGCCAGCCGCUGCAGCGUUGGGACAUGAUGAGUGUUGGAAGAGAAGGAGGCCGAUGUUUUGCAGGCCAUCACCAUAAGCGAAUUGAUGCAUCACCGCGCCCUCCUGGAUGGUUGUGGUCAUCGUCGAUUGAGAUUUACAUAUUUACUAGUCAUAACAUCCCUGAAGGCCUGUCCUAUUUUUACUUGUCGCACUAAUCUUAACUAGUAUUUUGUUAAUCACAUCGUUGUAGUACUGUUACGUGGAUAAGGAGGGAGCUUUUUGCAGCACAUCGCAAAUAACCUCCACUUGUUAGCUGACCAGUCCGUCUUAAAACCAGCUUACAGGGGUGGAAAUAAUUUCAGUUAGACAGUCGACUAUCGCCUGGUGAAGUAAAGACUGCAGAACGUUGUUUGGCAACUCUUGUACAACGUUGGUUCCGGCAUUUUUUCCAAAGCCCCAGUCAGAGUGACGGAUUUUUCGUUUAGCUUGUGUUUCUGUACUGAUAUAAAAGCAAAGCUCUGCACUGGGACACCUAGUCAGUGUAAAAAGAAGUUAGCGGUAGGGUUGGCAAUAGGGCGACGAUCACCAACAGCCCGAACCGUACCAAGUAGUAACCAUCUCCGCGACAUCAUGCCUUCUGCAUUUGUUGUGCGACCCACUCUUAUUUUUCCACCUUUUCAUCGUAAGUAAGCUUUACCAUUUAUGAGCAGUCACUGAAGGAAAAACUUAGGUCGGAAGCCUAUAGAGCUCACGGAGUUGCAGUAUGGCCACGAAAACCAUUGACAGAGUUUACCAGGGGUGACCUAAAGUCCUUUUAUUAUGCCCCAUUACAGGUUAUAGCCAAAAGCCCUGAUAACCGCUUUGCAGGUUCAUAUUGACCCAACUGUGAAAAAAUCGUCGCCUCGGUGGGAUUCGCACUCACGACAGUAAGGGGAAGGUUUUAAUACAGCCAACGCUCUAACUACCUGAGCUACGAGGCCCCGCCGGACGACUCGAGUUUAAUCACAUUUAGGUCAAGUUUACCCGCCCAACCUACUGCAACGUCUGGAAUCCACCAAAUCUGAUACAGUAAGUUGACUGCCCAAGCAGGAUUUCCUAAGUAAAUCAUCUAGAAUCCACCAGAUGGCUACCAGGCUUCACGUAAUUGAUAAAUUUUUGGCAGAUUUUGAAUAAUUAAUAUUGACCCGACUGUGAAAAAGUCGUCGUCGAGUUUUUUACGGUUGGUCAAUUACUUGGGAAAUCCUGCCUGGCUAGUCGACUUACAGUAUCAGAUUUGGUGAAUUCCAGACGUAGUCUGGGUAACUUGACCCAAAUGUCAUUAAAUUCGCGUCGUUCGGCGGGGUCUCGUAGCUCAGGUGGUAAGAGCGUUGGCUGUACUAAAACCUUCACCUUACUGUCGUGGGUUUGAAUCCCACCGAGAUCUAUGACUUUGCAGAUUGUCUAUGACUGCGUGACGCAACUGUUAGGUGUCUGGAUCAUCUGUAGCUACUUGCACUACCUCAGCUUUAAGGCGUGUCUGUGGUUGUACGGCAGACUUGCCGACCGCGUGAGGUUAUUCCCCUGAAGCUAGUUGCGUCCACAUUAAAAUUCUGACUGAACCCAGGCACUUCAGUCUUCGCGAAGUCUUGGUAGUUUCAGACGUUUUGAAGUUGUACCAAUAAAGCCUACUUAAAAUGUUAAGUACCAUUAAUUUUCCGGAAUUAAGCUACAUGACCGGACAAUUUGAGGAAGUUCACAAACCCAGUCUGCUGGCAUGCCCCUCUGAUUUCUUCAUUCCCACUUAUUCAUCGUUGUUUCAUCCGUUCAGGGUGAGUCCCUGACAAAGUGGAGUCCAGAAGAAUUUCGCAUGUUUGAAGGUGGACCUCUCUGGCGACCACCUCCGAUGAACUUUUUCACAAAUGGGAUGCCGGAUUAUCUGGUUGAAGAGGAUGACUACCCGUAUUCCGCCAGUUACGUUCCCCAACCUUGCAGCCACCGGAUCUCGGAGGAAGCACUCUAGUGAGUAAUUGUUAUCCUGCUUGUCAGCUAGGUGACUCUAUAUGGAGAGAAAAGGGACAUUUUCGACUGAUGGUUGUGACUGCUUAUUUUAUUAAAGAAUAUCGACUAUUCCACGAUAACCACUCGCAAACUUCUCAGAGCCAACAUAGCAUCACUUUGACCGAAACCUCCGUGCAGUACGCCUACGUGUCGUUUUCCUAGUUUUCAACAGAUUUUCGCUUUAAUAGUUGUCUAGUUUUUUUAAAAAAAACGGAAGACAUCGAUUAACCUUGUUUAAAUUGACAACAUUUAUGCGAAGUCCCCGCUGUAGGUAUCCUAAAUUUCGAUUUAUGCUAGCAUAAUAACUACGCGUAAGCAGCUGAACCGACCAAAAGCGUUUAUUAUAAGUUAUUAAAAUCGCGAUAGAGUGCGUAUUUCGUUAAGGCGAGCUGGCCCUCUAUCAGGGAAACGUGGUUAUGAUUAUUUUCUGACACGAAAGUUUUACAUUCGCACUUACGGCCAGUGGGUGAUCGCAUAAAGCCUUGGUCUUCGGAGGCCCAAGCACUAGUCUAUACUAGGCAACAGCCAGCAUCCCACGAGUUGAAAACAGCGAAAUACUGCUAUAAUAAAAAGAAGGGCAAACUGCUUGCCAAUAGAUUCGAGAAAAAUGGCACAUUCGCUUUCCAGUGUCUCAAACAAGACAUGCAUUCGUUAGACGGUAUGCCAAAUCGAGAAUGUGAGUGCAAAUAUCAAUUCAGAAGCUUGUUUAUUUGAUCGUACUAAAAGAAUUUAGUAUUUUUCAAGGAAAACGAUCAUGUACGACCCGGUUUCGUUAAGCAUGCGACUUGGUCAACAUGAUAAUUAGUCACUUGACGCGCACCCCCACAAUCAAGUCAUUGGCGAUUAAUUGUUCAGCCUCCCACACACGCCGUGUUCCCCUAGUAAAAGAGUACGGACGGCUGUGAAUUGACCUGGGUGCAUUGGCUCACCCGACAAUGCUGCUACCUAUGCGUGCUGCAAGGAAGGGACUUCACGCGCUCGAAUCUCAUUUCAGUGAAAGCUGCAAUACGGCAACUAUAAAAGGAGACUUUUAUAGUCUAACUGUCAUUUCGGAGUACUGAAUUAGCUUGUCGAUUGAGAACCUCCUAGGUCUCAACUUUUAUCUCAUGUUGGCAGUUCAAAAGUGCGUUAGGUUUAUUUUAGUGAGGAAAUGGCACUCACCGUCGCGCAAUGAACCAACAACAAGGCACUGUCAAGGUAGCUGAGGGCGAAGUCGGGCGCAGUAAUCGAUGUGCCGUAAAGUUGCUGCCCUUCAGACCAGCAACGCAAGUAACUAAACUGUCCAGUAGAUCGAACCUAAAACCGCCUGUUUUUAACAUACGCGGUGGCUGACCGCGACCUUUUACCAUGCAUACCACAGACUUGAAAAUGCAUAAAUACUUUUUGGACAUAUUUUGCCUCAUAUUGAUCUUACAAAUAUCCGAUGCGUUGAGUUGAUGAACAGCGUCCAGCAGGAAACCCAGUUCUCGACUAAAUCGCCUUUUAGGUCUUUUCCUGUUUAUGCUGCUGUCUGUCAACGGCUUAUUUCUGAACUGUGUUUUUAUUCGUUUUCUGAUUUGUUUUCAGCACCGAAGAACGACUAGAUAGUGACUCUGCAGCUAACUCCCGACGCACUGGUCUCACUGAGGCCCAGCGCAACCGUCUUACUAGUUGGAUCAAUGACUUAGAACCAAGUAAGUCACAGUUGGGCGAGUUGAUGCUGUGGUGCCUGGAGCACGCUGAAUCCGCCAAUGACAUUGCUGACUUGAUUGCGGCCUCACUAAGACCGGCUUCACAAGGUGAGUCGGCUGCAAAAGAAGGCAAGGAGAAGUCUGGCGAAAAGUCAGAAGAUCAGGGCGCUACUACCAUUCGACCAGCUACUACCGUAUCCGCUCUUAUUGCCCGUCUCUUCCUGCUCUCUGACAUUCUUUACAAUUCGAGUGCGAAGGUUCCUAACGCCUCCUUCUAUCGCAAGUGGUAUGUUGCAAGUACUGUCCUGGAUCAUUCUCUGCCAGUGACGUUUUGCCGAUACUGCGUGGAAAAUUGCCGUAGUGUCAGAAUAUCGUCUGUUCUAAGUAGUUGCUUCAGAUCUAUGCUUUUUUUCUUUUCCACAUAUGGAGGCUAUUUCUCACAAACUUUUGUCGCUGGCUAUACUGUUUUCAGCGCCCGCCCAACUUACAAAUUGCCAAGACCACCGAUUUCAACUUCUCACCCAUCUAAGUACUUAACUGUAUCCUUCGUAGCAGAUCCCCUUGACUCCCACUUCUUCUGCUCCCCUAGCAUUCCUCUUUAGUGAACAGCAUAAUUGUUGCUUGAGUUCCCACAACUGUGCUGGACAUGUAGCUUGUAAUUGUGAUGCCGCCAGGCCCAUGAGAAUUACCUCAAACAGAGGCCUGGUUGACUAUAAGGUUGUGUGUCUUGAAAUUGUUUCUACAAUUAACCUACUUAUAUGGCCUUUUAUACAAAGCGCUCUUGAGCAGGCGUCGGUGUCACAAGCAGGAGGACUUUGUUUUAGACAUAGCUCUUCUCACAAUCAACAGGAUGUUAGAGGAUUUUGGGUGUUACUUUGUGAUUUUGCUGUAAUGGCCACUGAAGGUUCCAGAGGUUCGGGCAGCAUUUGGGAAAGUCAAGUUCGUGCGAGACCAGGAGUUGGUCAACCUCACACCAGCCUGACAUUUGGAGGGACUGUUGCGCCCUAGACCGACUCCUAACCCAUGCACUCCGGCUCGCGCAUGUUGCACCUUUAUUUGGGUCAGUGGCAAAGUAAUGUACACGAAAUUCGUCUGCCUGAAAGAAUGUUCACUGGCCGAAACGGAACUGAGUAAAUAAUAGCAGUGAAUUGUUAGAUUGGUCUGCUCCGUUUUCAGGUGAUAAGUAGUUAGUAGUUCCUCAGAAAAUUGGAUCCUUACUAAGAUUUAUCCUCUUAUAUGGGCAUUGUCUCCUAAUACCCGGCGCGUGAGCUCAUCGACUGCUAAGUUGUCCUCAGCUGUGUUUUUCACAAGGGAAAAUGCCAUUUGUGAAAUAUAAUUGCUAGGGCACCCUCUAUAGACCGCCGUGUGCACUUUUAACCGGUGUGAUUAAAAUAUAGUUAAGUUCUUAAAAGUAACGACUAUGUCCUCGGCAUCUGAAUGGCCAUUGUUUUAGCUUAUCUAUGCCUGGAUCUACCCUCGUGCCAAACGUGUGGAUUUGCAGUCGUCCUUCUUAUGUGUGUCUGUAUCCGACGUUUACCGCUUAUCGUCCGGCACGCUAUACUCGUGCCUUUUCCGUAAUUUUGUUGACGAAUAGUACUUCCUUUUCCUUUCAGCUUUGAGCUCCGCCUUCCGGAAAUUUUCACAAAUAUUGGUGAUUUUUAUCGGGACCUGGACAGCAAAAUGAAGUCUGAACAACUAAAGGUAACGAUUUCGGCCUUGUCGCUGUUAAUAACCCACCUUUUUAGCAAAAAGUUAUGCUUUGUUUCAGAGCCUGGGAGGAGUGGACAAUUUACUCUAACGACUUUCUCAUUCAAUUGCAAAACAUCUUCCUUGGACUUUUAAACAAUGUAAGCGCCCCUCCUCCUGAUGCCUACUCUUCGAAUGCUGUAUUCGUCUCCCUGGUAACGCGCACCUUCCUGCUGCUUCAUCCCCCUUAAACCGUUCCAGAAUAAGGAUGAUAAUGUCUUUGAGGAGGACGAACUUGCUGGGGUACCAUUGGAUCAGACCAACACCCCGAAUAGGUCGGCAAGUGCUGUAGCCUCGAACGUGGAGUCAAUAGACGGAGCUCCCCUCGUCCAGUACGACGGUGACCCCCUCGAUGUUGAUGGAAGCCCGUUAGACAGUGACAAAAAUGAGGACUACGAGGGCGUUCCACUCAAUACCGCGUAAGUUUCGAGCCGAUGUCUUCGUGAGUGCUUCCACCCUCUUCGCAUCGUUUCGCGCACUCCCUGUUUCCUCCAGACAAUCGUGUAAAUAAAUGGGAGCCUUAACAUUUUCGACUGCAACGUUUUAUGACUCUUCUCUGGCAGAUUCAGUUCGCCUCAAUCUAUUGAAUAUCCGUAGAGGGUUCUAACAAUUUGCUGUUAAAUGUUGCCUAUUUGCUUCCACAGUACACAGAUUUCCUAAUAUUGCGAAGUGUACACAGGGAUCCUUGCAUCUACUUAUUCGUCCUCACAUGCCUAAAUGUUACUUAUUCCUCCUGAAGUAUUGUACUCUCGCUCAAGUAGGUUGCUCUACCCACCCGCGUGGCUUUAAGCACCUAAUCCUACUUGUAGCAUGCAAGCUUCUAUUGUGUUAAUCCUUUUGACCAAAUGAUAAGUGAGAGUCCACGGUGCAAGUCGUCUGUCCAGAUCUCCGUAUCGGUAGGGUCUUCUACUUGCAGUUUUCUGUUUUUGUAGUUAAAUCCACCGACUGCGCAAGUAGUCAUUGCAAAAUGGUUCUCAGAUGCCUGUCUAUAAACGGCCGAAUAACUGCUUGACCCUCGCAAGCACACAGCGCUUUAUCGCUCCUUUAACCUACCUCUGAUACUUUAUUAACUUCAUUGCUAUUCGUUGGUUGGGCUCCAACUGUCUUGCUUCUGGUUCUGAAAUAUAAAUGCUGCUGCAAACGGUCUGCCGCGCGGGAAUUCAGUUUGUUCUUUAUGCACGGAGUGACAGUACCACUCCCAUUUCCCUACAGGGCCCACUCACCACCGACAAAAUCAACUCGGGCGGAUACUUCAGCCGACCCGCUUCCACUCUUUAUCCGCAGUAAGUGGGAGUCUGUUGAUCCCUCGUCGGCAGCGGAAGAAGCGGUGACGUCAAAUCGGUGGGAUAUUUUUGCUGAUGCUGCUGAGUCGGAGGUCACCAAGCCUUCUAACCUCGAUGAUGAGGAUGUUGAUGGAAAGUAAGUUUUCCUAAUUUCCAUUUUUGAUAGGUUUGCUUUGCCGAGAUGUUAUUAUUGUAACAAAAAAUUGAGGUACAGAGGCCUGUUGUUAAUCCCCUGCCUUUAGGGAUGAAGGGUUCCAGAUAGAAGAUAGUAUUGACUUCCGGUUACUCAAAAACCGUCGUAUUUUCCGUACCAUAUUUUAUAAAUUGUGCAUAUGCAGGCAACGGGAAUUGUGAAAUAUAGUGGUCUGAAAAUUGCACAAAAUCGCCGCGUACUUUCCAAGAACAUGUAAUUUAGCCUUUUGUGGAAUUUAAGUGUUAAGAAAAAUAGUAAGCAAUGGCGCAGGCGGAAGCCAAUUCGAGAAGGUUCAUACGCCAAUUAAAUGGUUCUAUAAGUUUUCAAUUAUAACAGUACAAAAACCUGAACAGUGCUACGGUUUCAGUACAUUACCAUAUGUUAGGAUAAGGUAAGGUAAGGAUAAGUUGCCACCCCAGACCACUUCAAGGUGCAUCUAUUCCUUCACUUGCACCUGUGGAGCAGGUUAUAUUUGUCAAACGAGUCGGCGCUUAUCCAAGAGAAUACGGGAACACCUCCCGGCAUGGCUGGGAAAAGGCGAAACUAGGAGCAUAAGCAGCGCCAUUCUCGCGCAUGUUGUCGAUUCCGGACAUCAUGUAGACCCCAAUGAAGCGUUUCGUGUGAUCUAUAAGGUCCCAUCGAGCUAUCCUAAACCACUGGGCCAGCGCCUGUUAGCAACAGCAGAGGCGGCCGCCAUCAGGUUGCGAAAACCACGGUUGUGCGCACAGAAGAACCACGUUCAGGCACCGCGCCUAGCGGUCGCAGGUCGACUAACGCUGCACUCUCCGCGCCCUUCCGCUUUCACCCCGCCCCUGACACUGAUUGCUAGCAGCCCCCGCCCACAUUCUCACACUCAGCCUGUGUUUUGAGGCGAACUUUAAUCGAUUUAUCUUAUCACUGGCGUGUUUUUACUUCCACCCCCUUCCCAUAUAAUUGUACUGGCCCGACGAGAAUUUAUCGAAAGCUACGUAUGCUCGCCACCCAUUUAGGAGUGUUGACCGCCUAUUUAUGACCGCUAGAUGUCCUGAACUAGUUUUGUACCCUUUUAUAAUCUGAAAAGUCCAUUUACAUGUCGGGUGUGCAAGCACCUGUCGUUGGAGUACCACCGGCCGAUGACGUCAAACAUGCCAACAUGGCCUCUCCGAUGUCCCGAUUUUUGCCGUUGGCCUUGAUUAUUGACUGCUAAGCAAUCGCCUUCGGGGGUCCUCAACCCAGAUCUCUAAGGCAUAGUGAAGUCGCGACGUGUUCCGUCUUGGCAUGAAGGCAACUCAGUGAACUCCACUCCUAUAUGACACUGCACAUAUCGCGAUAGCAGCGGACUGUACAUGUCCGGUAGCUCCAGUGUUAAAACGUUUGCCCUCAACAGUUUGAUCUUCACAGGCAGAGAAGCGCACCACUGUCCCGAGAGCGCGAUGCUGACUUGUUCAUGCGUUUGUUUAAAGUUAGGCAGACUUGCGCAGCAUCUUUAUUAUUUUCAUAUCUGAAAUGUUCCAGUUACAAAACAACAAAGCUUGACAGUCCGUCUACGCCUGCCACAUACCCGGUCCCCGUAGAUCGCACGUAUUAUGCUUCAAUGAGGGGGUCCCUGUUUUCGCAAAGAUGAAUGGUCACGAGCCAUUGCAGUCGGACUCGUGGUACUGCGGAGGACUGAAUUAUUUCAUCAGUUGAGAAACUUAAAUUCUGCGACAUCAGUGCGUCGCGAUGGUUUGAAAGCACUUCUGAUUGUCUAUCUAGCGAGAACAGCAAGUUCUUGUCCGUGUUAAGCCGACGGAGGAUGCUACUGGGUGGAGUGGCUGACGUGGCCUGGAGCCUCUUGCUAUAACCCGUAUCAAACUUACACGGCAAUAGUUGGGGCCUCGUGCAGACCCCUCGGCGUAACCUGAUUAGUUCAUGUCAUGUGCUGGUGUGGCCGAGCGCAAUGCUUGCCUCAUGCUCGAUUUCCUGCAUUCACGUCUCGGUGGCGCCCGCAUCAGGUGAUUGAGUCGUCAAGUGGCGUAAUGUCAUCCGCUCAAGUGCCUCUCUUAGGCAGGCUCAGACGUGUAGUGAGUGGAAGUGCAUCCACGCUCGCGAGCGAGAGAGUGAUUGGUGGACAAAUCCGUUACACAGGACCUUGGAAAUUCGCAAACGGCUUAUUCGUUUCUGAAUGUUCAUCACAGCUGUUGUCGUGGCGGCGGGAUUCGUAGUUUUUUUUUAUAUCUUUGCCCUGGUCUCGUAAAAUUUGCUCGGUGCCCCUUAGGCAGAUAAUAUUCACUACCGACUCCGCUCUUCCAAAAGUGCUUUCCAUCUCGACCAAGUACUUACUUUAAAUGAUGACUGUGUACUAUGGUCCUUAGAAAAACGCGGUUGUUUAGCAAGAAGAAACCAUUAACAUUUUCUAUCAUUGCAGUGCAAGAUAGUCCCAUCAAAAAUGUGUUAGUCCGGUGUUGAGUCGCAUCCAGUGUUAGCCAGCGCAGUUAUAGUUAAGUUCGGUUGUGGUGUAGUUGUGCUUUUUAACUUUACCCGAACUAGCUCGUGGCCUAUCACUUUCCUGUGUGAAAGUUGUUUGUCUUCUACGUGUGGCCGUCCUGUUCCGUCACACUCAACCUUCCUGAGAAUCUCGCGUGGUGUACUUUAAGAGCAGUUUCUCGGAAAGAGGUACUCCCACGUGUUUAACGUAGCCUCGCCGCCAAUUCGCUUCGGCAAUGCACAAAAUUAUUCCUGCCUCUAAUCUUUAAUAAAUCCACGAACUUCUCCCGAGUUUCUCUUGAAGCGCGUUUGCGGGUUCAUUAACUUGUCAUCUACGUACGAUCCUUCUGUUGCAUCGUUCAACUUAUACUUGCUUCGUUAACACAGGAAGUUCGAUUUAAUCGCUAAGCAGUUAAAAUUGCCAAUCUGAAAUAUUUGUUUCAUUCUUCUUAUAUCUAAUUUAUGUCAACUUUGAUCCGCUGCAUGUAGUUCUUCGGUUUUUCAAAUUUAUGUCAAUAGUGCUUCGGCCGCAGUCUCAUUUCAUGAAUCGCGUUGAAGAGCAUAAGCACGGGGCUGUCUGUGGUAGUUGUUUCCGCCCUUAUUAGCGUUACUAGCCUUGCGCCGACCAACAUGUCCGAACAUUUCAACUCUUGUUGCACGUUGUUUGCAGGCCCCUUGACGAGUUCGGCGCGGCUGGUUUAGGUCUUGUCGCCUACGAUGAUGACGAUGCCCUGUCACCUGCAGCGCCCUCCCCUCCACCACCAUCUGCUUCGCAGUCGGUGUCAUCCGCUUCAGCUGCAAAAUCCUCCAGCGCCAUCUCUGAGUCACGCCGAGCCCUCCUGAGAGAGAUCGAAGUUAAAGUGGUCAAGUACCAGGAUGAACUGGAGGCCAGUCGUAAAAGUGGUGACUCUUCGGUCGCGGAUGAAGCCAUUGCUACGGUAAGUCUGCUGCGCGUUUUGUCCGCCGGUCUUUUUCAGCAGAUGUUCCGACUAGGGGAGACAGAACGACGAUUAUUGCCUAUUUUGUUAUUGUCGGCCAGCCGUACGUAAACCUCAUGGCGGGCGGCCGCGGCGUUUAAACCACGGUCCGCAUCGUUGGGGCGGUAGCGAUACCCGACACUACCAAAGUGCUGUAUGUUCACGCUCCAUACCUCCCGAGUUGUGACUUGGCACAUACCGUAGUCACGACAAACAAUGAAUCAUUAGUUAAUAUACUAUUGGGGUUUCAGGGCUGAUAUUCAUGGAACACGCUCUCACAUUACUCAACCACCUGUAACUUGCUUAAGCAUUUUCUAUUCUCUUGCCGGAAGAGCAUAAUACGAUUUUGCUGAAGUAUUUACCUCUUUAACAUGCCUGAAUUACUAUCCACCUGCGUUUGCACGCCUUUCUUUGCAGCAAGUACAACGUUAUCGCGACCGACUUCUUGAUCGACUUGAGACGGAUGAUGCUGCUGGUUCCACAACAGACAACUCACCGUCCACAAAGAAGUCUAAAUCCGGCAGCGGUGGUGGCUCCUCCAAGAGCCGCUCCUCCACCAACCGGGGCGACAGUGCUGCUGGAUCAACCUCGUUAUCCUCGUCAAGCAAGCGACAUAAACACAAGUCUUCUCGGGAACACCAUGCCUCCCAACGCGACCGAUCACCGCCGCGCUCACUGCGGGAUCGUGAUCAGCGGCAACCGCCACGGCGGCGAUCGAGUUCGUCGGAGGACGACGACACCGAUCCCGACCAUCCAGUACCUCCCUCUAAACGCUCCCGACCUGCCAACUGGACUGAAGGUGGUGGCGGUAGCAGCGCCGGUGAGGAGAUUGAGGAGGGCGAGGCCUCCGACGAUGACAGCUUCUCUGUCCACAGUUCCAGCAUCCGCCGUGGUCGGCAUCGCGAUUCUGGGGAGGUAAUAUUGCCACAGUUCACGCGUGGCCUUUAACGUUUUUCCAAAGCGUUUGCCAGCCGUUAGGCUAUCCAACAUGACAGACAUGAUUGAAGAGCGCUUAAAUACGUAACAUACCCCGACGGGCGGCCAGCUAAUCGUUGAUUUUGUAAAGAAGGAGACAGGAUCGCUGGUACGAGAGCUUUAUUAGCCUGACGUUUCGGAUUCCUGCCCGAACCCAUCACCAGUGACAACAGCAAAUACGUAUCUGCUAAUAAAGCCCUUGUCCCAGCGAUCGUGUCUCCUUCACGUCUGCUUCCUGGGACUCGUCUCUUCGCUUCUUUUGGUAAUCGCUGGUUUUUAGCACAGGAAGACUAAACAAGAAAUAUAUUUCGUUAAGUAGAAUUUUAAUGCGUGUACUUUAGGUAGCUAAGAUCGAACGUCGUAACCUUAACAAAAUAUCAUCGACACUAUAAGUGACGAGUGGGACGGUGCUUCCUGCAAAAGGUAUCUCAUGAGAGAUAGAGCCGGUGCUAGAUAGUAGGGCCCACCCAGACGUUCCAAAAUUAUGAUCUCCAACUAAACCUUGCAUGACGCGUAAACAGCGUGGAAUUCUCCUCCAGUAGCUCCCAAAGUUAGUUGCUUCUUCCGUUUCUGGAUUAACGAAAGACUGAGCGGCCUAUAAUGUAGCGCUCCAAGUCGACAUUUGGUAUAAAUGCCUUUGUCGGAAUUGUAAGCUUCACAAGUUUGUCCCACGUAAGCGAACUCCAUCUGCUUCGUUUAGUCGUUCUUGCGCUGCAUGCGUAAAACCAUUAUUCUCACACAGCUGACUUACUAAGUCGCAAAGGUCGUCACCUUCGCUCAUUGUGGUACACACCAACCUCACUAAGCACAGGCCUAUGCGCUCAACAAUAUUAAAAGUAAGUUUAUUGAAUCGACUUACAGUCCAUAUUGUGACUAGUUGAGUAACCACCCUUUUACCUGAACCUACUCCAAUACUCUUUUACAAUGCCCGCCGCAAUCGGUGCAUGCUGAAUGAUUAGUCUUAGCUGGUAAGAAAUUAGUAAUGCCAUUUUUAAUUAAGUUCUUUAGGGAUACAAUGCUCCCUGGGGUCAUUCUCAGCAAAGAUUUGGUCAACAAGUUUUAUUUUCAAAAAUCACCGAACUUUUUGGAGGGGGGUAAUUCUUUCGUAAAAGACCACUUAAAACAGGUUGGGUUGGGCGAGCGCUCCCGGGUUUGUAAUAAAUCCGCUGGUGGCCUCGCAAAUGUCGCCUGUUUUUUUACCGAUAUCUGAUCCCUGUUUUUGAACUACAUUAAGGGUUUAGAAUCUCGGAUAAGGAAAUCUGCAGUUUUGGCGUUUGACCAGUCUUCUGUCUUGCCAAAUCGAACGCCUAGUUGCAUCCGUUCCUGUUCUGACAUUUCAUCCUUUGUAGCUUGCGGUCCUCACCACCGCAUCAAACUUGGUGUUCGGGUAAUCAGUAGACCGGGCGGAAUUCCAUAUGCAGGUGUCUGGAUUAAUUUUAAACCAACUCCGUAUGGCUACUGAUCCAACAAAGUGAACCACUCUACCGAUAUUGUCUUUCCCAGACGACAGGCAGCCUCAAUGUCUAGGGGAGGACGCAGUAGUUACUUGCUCGUGAAUUUGUUUGUAUUAAAGUUGAUUUGUCUGACUUCACACCCACCAUAUCCCCCCCCCCCCAGUCGAGCUGAUUUGGGCUGAAUGCGGACAUAGUGACUGCCGGGGCUGAAGCCACUUAUACGCGCGCCACACCUGCUACUCCACACCUGCUACUCCACACCUUCACCUGUUUUCAAUGUCAGGAUUUCGGACCUUAAACGAGCCGGAGUACCAUUAAGGAGCCAUUGCAGCCUAGCAUUUCGUCACCUAGCUACCUUCCAUGCGCCGGCUUUUAGCGGGCCACGAUUAAUUAUUAUGUAGUAUAAUCCUAUAGUAUUUCGGAUUCGCCAGGAUGUCCGAUUUUGAAUGCACUUCGUUCUGACUUCUCGCAUAAACCGCACUGAGCAAAAGAUGACUACCUAAGUAGCAUGCAUUUGUGCACAUCGACUUGGAAUGCUCUUAUCAUACAUAUGCAACAUAGAAAACAUACACAAAAAUGUGCUUUUUCUACUCGUUUAGUAGAAAACCACAUUGUCUUCACAUUCUAUACCCGGAAAAAUUGUAUAUUGAGGUUUUGAAAAAGUUUCCCGAUUACCGAAUAAUUUUGAGCCUGAUCAGCCGUUGCAUCAGCGUUUAGCGAUUUCAGUCUACAAGUUUCAUGUGUUCAGCGUAAGGAAAAUCAUAUAUUCCUCUAUGCCUUUAGAAGGAUACUGUAUGGAGUUAAUAAGAUUUUGCAAUGGAUACGCGAUGUGUUGUACACUUCACGGGGAACAUUGGUAAACGGACACGUGCGAUGCUGUAUAUGUGGACAUCGCACGAUCUUAAAAAUCUCACAAUUAGAAACCUUUUGAAAACCAAAAGAUAACCUUCCUUAGGGUACAAAAUAUAAAUCCAGUGUGGUUUUCUACUAAACGAGUAAAAAGCAUAUUUUUGUAUUUGUUUUCUAUAAAAUAUGUUUGAAUAUAUAAGACCAUCCCAAAUCAAUGUGCACAAAGGCAUGCUACUUAGGUAGUCAUUUUUUGUCAAGUGCGGUUUCUGCGAGAAGUCAGAAUUGCAUUCACAAUCGGACAUCCUGGCGAGUCCGAAAUACUACAGGAUUAUGCUGCAUAACAGUUAAUCUUACAGCGCCACCUUAUUAAUCCUUCCUAGUUGAAAACGCAUUUCAGAAUUUCGGCCAACGUCUCAUGAGAUCGGCCACGCGCUGUAUCUCAUAUACGAGAAAGGUUGUGUUAGAGCCUAAUUCAAAGAAGCCACUUCGGUCUGGCAGUCGUUCCAAGGGGGGACAGAGUUAUUCCGUAAAUUAGCACUCCUCCCCCUCACAGGCCAUGACUUUUAAUGCCUCACGUUAGUUGUGAACAUGUCGGACUUGGCGUUGAGUUGCCAUCAGUACUUGUCUCAGUCUUCUAUAUUUUUUAUCUGUGGCCUGUUCUUGGUAGGACAAUGAGAUUGGGCGCGGUGCCUGACGUGGCGCGAGCCCAUGUCUGACGCCCGCUACACGUAAUUAAGGUAUUAGUCUAGGACCCAUGAACUUAGCACGACCUGGUCAGCACAUGUCUCAGGCCAGUAGGAGCCCAGCCUUGACCCGCUAAGUAGGUGAUCGGACACUAGUUCUAUUCAUACUGUUUUCACUUUACAGUAAAUCGGUCGGUGAGUUGGCCGACGCGCCGCAAAUGUAUCCGAACUCCCAUAACCUCCAACUCACUUUCUAUCCACAUAAGAGCAUGUUCCUUUUUUUAUUGUCAUCGCUCACAUCUGCUGUGACGCCUAUCCCAUUUAUACACCGCUACAGGCUCGCUCUUCCUGCAAAUCUCCGGCAUCGAGUCGUCGUUCGCGGCGAUCUCGUUCUCGCACUCCCUCGCCUACGCAUCGCCGGUCGUCUGGUGUGUCCUCAUCCAGUCGCAGAAAAUAG